UGGCAAUCGUGCAACAUUUUGGUUGAAAUAUGAUUAUUUUACUAAUAUGCCAAAUAAAGAUGCUAGAAAGCCACCAAGUAAACAAAGGAAAAAUUUUCAAUAUUGAAUCCAAUAAAAAGUAUACACUUUUUGGUUACAGCUCUAGACUCAACGAAAAGCUCACCAAAUUGGUCCCACACAAACUGCUUAUGGUCAAUAUCCAUAAGCUCUCUGCUCUGCCCCUACUCAUCUAUCUAUGAUCCUAAUUCCUAUGUCUCAAAUGUCCUUUCACACACUCCCAACAAACAAAGACAAAAAUUUCCCUUUAACCAAUAUAUUCAUCACUAUUUUCCUUUUCUUUAUAUCUUUCAAUUAAAGAAUUUAAAAUAAUGAACUGGCCAUCACUUUGGGACAGAAACUUAGCAACUUCGUAUUAACAUUUUCAGUUGUUGAAGUUCUUGUUUCACUUCAAAAGCUGCUUCAACUCAAACUGUGCACAACCGUUCUCAUAUUCAACAAGCUCAACAAUAACAAUACUGAACGUUAAUUCCUUCACUAUAUAUUGUUUGUUUAUUUUACUAUUAUUAUUAUAUAUUUACGGACACGUGUCAAUACGAGUAUAAUAUAAGGUAUAUAUACGAACUGAAAAAAUGGGAUGCACGGUGUCCAAGCUCGAUAACGAGGAAACGGUACGGCGGUGCAAGGAGCGCUGCCGUUUCAUGAAAGACGCAGUUUAUGCCCGCCACCACCUCGCGGCGGCUCACUCCGAUUACUGUGACUCUCUUCGUCUCACGGGUUCUGCACUCUGCGCAUUCGCCGCCGGAGAACCACUCGCCGUCUCCGACGACAUCCCCGCCAUUUUCCUCAACACCGCUACGAAGAAAACUCACCAGCCACCACCUUCUCCUCCGGCCACCGUAACAACCUCCAAACUUCCUAAAGUUUCUGAAACUAAUCGCCGGAAACCGCCUCCGAAGCUUAAGCUUCCACACAUUCUCUCCGAAUCGAGCGUUUGUUCCACGCCGAGAAGCGAGUUUCCGAACUGGUUCUUCCCAACCGCGCAGCAAACUCAGUCCACAGCUUCGGAAACCUCUUCGGUUUGGAAUUGGGAGAAUUUCCAUCCCCCUCCGUCUCCUCCAAGUUCCGAAUACUUCCGGCAGCAUUCUCAGCCGCCGAAUCACAUUUCAGAAAAUCCGAAUUCCGAAUCUCUAGGAUCCGAUUCAGAAUCAGGAUCCUUUUAUAACAUGUUCCACUCGAAAACUCAUCUUCACGAUCGCAAAAUUGAAAUUACAAACGUUGAUUUCGAGAGCAAGAGAUUCGGACCAGAAUCAGAACCAGUUUGUUCGGAAACGGAGCGAGAGGAGGUUCGGUGCAGUGAUUGGGAGGAUUGCUACGGCUCCACGAGUUCAUCAGAAAUGGAGGAAGGAAUCGCCGGGGCUAGAUCAUCGGUGAAACACGAAUCAGUUACCGGCGGCAAUGUUCCGGCGAGAAAAGACGGGAAGACCGGUGAGGAGGUAAUUGAGGAAAAGGUUAUGAUGAGGCAUAAGGAUUUGGAAGAAAUAGUUGAAGCGAUUAGAGAGAAUUUUGAGAAAGCUGCGGUUGCCGGAGAUGAGUUAUCGGAGAUGCUUCAGAUUAGUAGGGCUCAACUUGAUCGGAGUUUCAGUCAGUUGAAGAAAAUAGUGUAUCACUCGAGUAAUUUUUUUAGUCAACUGAACUCAAGUUGGACCUCAAAACCGCCAUUGGCAAUUAAGUAUCGGUUCGAUGCCGGUUCGCUUGAAGGGCCGGGCGGUCCGAGGAGCCUCUGCUCCACACUGGACCGGCUUUUGGCUUGGGAAGACAAACUCUCCAAGGAAGUGAAGGCUAGAGAAGGUGUGAAGAUUGAGCAUGAAAAGAAAUUGUCAGUUCUGCAGAAUCAAGAAUACAAGGGAGGUAAUGAAGCAAAAAUAGACAAAACCAAGGCUUCCAUAACAAGGUUACAGUCACUAAUUAUUGUAACAUCUCAGGCUGUGUCUACUACCUCAGCUGCAAUUAAUGGUCUUAGAGACUCUGAUCUUGUUCCUCAGCUUGUUGAGCUUUGUCAUGGAAUAAUUUACAUGUGGAGAUCAAUGCACCAAUACCAUGAGACACAAAGCAACAUUGUACAACAAGUCCGUGGCCUAGUCAGCCGAUCAUCCAAAGGUCACUCAACAUCUGAAUCACACAGACAGACAACUAGAGAUCUUGAAUUAGCUGUGUCAGCUUGGCACUCCAAUUUUUGCAGGCUCAUAAAAUUUCAAAGAGACUUUAUUCUGUCUCUACAUGGCUGGUUUAAGCUGAACCUUAUUCCAGUCAAUAAUAAUGACAAAAACAACAACAUUGAACCUUCUGAUGCAUUUUCCUUUUGUGAUGAAUGGAAACUAGCACUUGACCGUGUCCCCGACACGGUCGCUUCGGAAGCAAUCAAAAGCUUCAUCAAUGUUGUACAUGUCAUAUCUGUCAAGCAAUCUGAGGAGCUAAAGAUUAAAAAGAAAACUGACAAUGCUUACAAGGAACUUGAGAAGAAAACUUCAUCUAUAAAAAAUAUAGAAAAGAAGUUUUACAACUCAUAUUCUAUGGUUGGUAUUGGUGUGCCACACUCUGUGAAUGAUAAUGGACAAGGUUUGGAUGCAAGAGACCCUCUUGCUGAGAAAAAAUUGGAACUUUCGAUUUGUCAACUACGUGUCGAAGACGAAAAGAUGAAGCACUCAAAGGCUAUUGAGGUUACAAGAGCUAUGACACUUAACAAUUUGCAGACAGGUUUGCCUGGAGUGUUUCAAGCAUUGACAAGUUUUUCUUCAUUAUUCAUUGAGGCUCUUGAAUCAGUAUGUGUUCAUUCAUAUGCCAUGAAAUAGGUAAUUUGUAAUUUAUUUUUUCUGCUUUGAGGCUGUUUUUUCGUGGCACUGCCUCUUAUUGUUCUAUAUGUUAUAAUUGUUUGGUUUAUCUUGAAAUGUAAAUUAUGAAGAAUUUUUUUAUUCUAUUUUUCCCUCUUAUGGGAAAGGAGAUUGGCUCUUUUUGUAUAGGGAAAUUUCUUAACUUAUUGCAUCAGAGGAUUAGAAAUUUGAUUGUAUAAAUAAAUCUAUGCAUUGAGGGCUAUGAGGCUAUCUAAUAUAAAUUGUUUUAUGAAUU